GUGGACUGCAUGAUUCAGAAUAUGGACAAUUCUUUCCUCUCCCAGUUUGUUAAUGGGAUGACCGGUUCCGAGACACUAUCCCAGUCGAAGCUAUACAGCAGCUGGUCUGUCUGUGGAGAUGAGCCUGUUACAUCAUCCGUGCCUGAAUUCAGGGAGAAAAGGUAAGCACAAUUUUCAUUUUGUCUUCAUAUCCUGCGCUUAGUUAUUGUAUGCUCAGUCCAUCUUUCCAAUAUUUUCCACGCCAUCAACCUUACUCAGCAGUGUUAUAAAAGGCAAAUGCUUGGGAGUAUUAGAAACAUUUGUAUUUGUGGCUCCCAUUAGAAAAACUUUAAUAGAACCUUUUCAAAGUGGUAUUUGGAUCCCUGCAGAAUGCAACAUGCCUGAUAUAAAACCACUGUUCCUGUACAGAUGGCUGUGGGCAACCUGGAACUUGUUUUCUUUUCCAGUGGAUGUGCUCUAUGUGACAGUAAUUGCCCUGGGCUGAAAACACAGGGUUCCAGAUUUAGUGUUUUAUGGUGUGUGUUAUGGCGGCCCACUGAAAAUGGGGAUAUAUGGGGGUAGGUUUUGGAAAGGGGCCAUGAUGGAUUCAUGUGGGACAUAAGUGUCACAGUCCCCUCUUAUGUCACCCUGUGGUUAUUGGGGGCACAGGGUGUCUCGGAAACCCAGGCAGGCCUCCCCAGACUAGAUUUGAACAGAGUGAUUGGAUGUGAGGGCUCCAUACGACCAACCAGGAGAAACCUGGAACACCUGCUGAGUGGAUAGGAACUUUUAAAUAGCCUGCUGAAACUUUUUAAUCUGAGGUAGCUCAUACCCCAUGUGAUGGAUCACAAUACUAUUUUGUCAGUUAGGGUGCUUGUGGAUGAGCUAUCCAGGGAUACCACACGUGGGGUUUUGUGAUGUUUAUACGUGUGUUUGGGGAUAUUCUGUUAAGGCACCUUGUUUUCUGGAGUUUAAUUAGAUCAGCAUUAGUUGAUCUAGUUAUCUCACAGACACAGAGGCGUCUGGGUGGGAUCUCCAUUGUUCCAGUUGAUGACCCCCUACCAGGGGUCAAGGCGGAUGCUUGGGUGACCUGUUAUAAUCACUGUAGGUGAUACUGCUGGAUUUGGAGGGAUAUUAACGGAGAUACAGAGGCUGAGUACCUAGUUUUGUUACACCCUAUAAUCCAAGAAAUUUGACAUAAUCUGUUUUGAAUUAAAGGUUACACCAAGCACCAUGAUGACUUCGGUAAAGUGUUAAUGGUGCCUGUCUAUACAUGCAGCAUUUCGCUUUGAAAACUAUUUUAGUAAGUUUGUUAUAGCAACCCGAUUACUUAGGAAGCUCUUUAAAGCUGUUGCUGGAUAUCUCGUGUUUUAAGCACCAACAUUGCAUUCUGCAAUAAAUAUGUGCCGGCUGUUCCCAUGUUGCUGUGUGGCAGAGUGCCUCCACAAUCCUUUGCCAGCCAUUGUGGGACUAUUGCUGCCCCACUGGCGAGAAUAGAGGGGUCUUAUCGCAGUUUGCUAGACAUUGCAUUGCAAGAGGCAUUUUAGGCUGCGAUACACAAAGGUUAUUUAUUAAAAGGUUAUUUAUUCUUCGCCAAGAAGUUGACUACUUCAAACUAAUCCAAAGACGGGGAUUAUUCCGUCUAGGCGCAACAACAGUAGAGCUCUGUAGUAGCUCUGGUAAAUGUGAGGGUGCAUUUAUCUUUUUGCUCUUUAUUAUUUGAAACAUCUACAGUAUUACACUAUUAUUUUGAAUAUUUUCUCUUUGAGGUUUACUGAGAAACUACGACCAUAAGGACUUGAGUACGUACAUUUGUAUUGUAUUAAAGGCGCGGUUUCCUUUUGUUUGCUUGUUCACAUUUGUUCUACUACAAGGUUGGGAAUCCUUGUGCUGGUCACGGCUGCCCACCUCUACCACAUCAUCACUAUAGUGAGCGCCUAAUCUUUGUGUUUUAUCUACUAUAUUCUUGCAUAACUGUAAUUUAUAUAUUGUUCUACUUUGCAUGUUUUAAUGACUAGCUAGUUAUGCAGGUACUAUAACAAUCUUAUUAUGUUUGGUUUUAGUUCCCAGUUUACAUUCACAGACUCUGGGAAUCGAUUAGACAUGUUUGGAUUGGUCUCUAGUAACACUGAGGAGUCUAACAAAGUGGAACCAGUGACUGACUGGUAAGUUUAAAUAUCCUCACUAGUUACAGCUGUGGGGGAUUCACUGCAAAAAGCCAGAUUUUGGUAAAUACACACAAUCAGAAAUAGAAAACUUAAUAGCUAAAAAAAAGACUUAAAGGAUAACUGUCACCUCUAAAAAAUAUUUUUAAUAUAAUAAUCCUUUCAUUAUGUUUUGAAAGGAAAUAGCUUGUUUGAGGUAUAUGUAAAAAAUGAGGUAAAGUCAGCCCUACAUUUAGUAUAUGACCGGAUCCUUCAGCCAUAUACAUGCACUGCGGGUCAGACAGUAUUUGAAUAGUGACCGUCUCUGUGUUCUUCCUGGCUUCACUGCACAGAAUUAGACCAAAGAAUAUUAUGUCAUUUACUAAAGAUAGGGAUGAGUUUUUUUUCUUUUACUCAUUGAAAUACAUCUUUACUUUCGAGAUAUGAGGAAAGAAUUAUUAUAUUGAAAUAUUUUUGGGCUAUACUUCUAGGACUCCGGCUGCAUUUACGCACACGUUUUGUGAUUUUAGGUGUAGGCUGAUUUUACUCUGUGUGGGUGCUAGCAACCACGAGUGUAAUAGAGUUGUUUUUGUUUAUUAUAUUACUUUGAGCCACUUGUUAUUUUGAGCCUUUUACAAAUAGUCCCAUAUCAGGACCUCCAUUUGCUAUAUUGCAAUUUGUUUUUUCUCUCACACAUCCCAUGGUAAUUUACUUCACCUGCGUAUAUUUGUUUCCGAUACCUCCCUGUAUGUUUCACACUUUGGCAAUAACCUAUUUGGCACUGGAGAGCUCUGUCCUCGGUUUGACCUACCAUAUUAGGCUUCAUAUGUUUAAAGCUGCUACCUUUUUUUUAAAUUUAUUUUUAUUUACGUCAAGAUGAGGUAUAAUGACUUUGUGUACGAUUACAUGUGAAAUACCAUUAUUCAACAACAUAUUGUUAUAUAAGCUUUCACAUAUUGUUUGUACAUGAAAUAUCCUAUUGCUACCACAUAUAAUUGUACUGCAAUAUUUCUGCCAUAUUUACAAUAUUUGUCAGUAUCAAUAUUUGUCAAUAUCAAUAAAGAAAAAAUAACAGAAAACAAUAAAAUAUUUAUUUGACAGGUGACAGUUGUCCUUUAAGUCUUUCAAAUUCUGCCUUUCACAUAUCCUUAUUUCUGUGUUGGACCCAAAUGCGUAAGGGACAGAAUUUCUGCAUUAACAGUAAUAUUUCCAGUUGAAUCCAAGAUGCCUGUUCUCUGUGAUUUGCGUCAAAUGUGCCAAUACAAAUUCAUUUUUUUGGGAAGGGGCAGUGGUCAAUAUUUAAUAGGUUUUAUUUCUUUUUUGUACAGAUUUAUUCUUGUGUGUGUGUGUGUGUGUGUGUGUGUGUGUGUUAAAAAAAAAAAAAAAGUUAAUAAAUUAAGUGUUCACAUUAAUAUGCCAAUCUGAAGAAAAACUGUGUAUACAUUUUUUUUUUUCCCUUUUAGGGACUCUUUAUCAAAACUUUUCCCCCCAUUAUGGACUCCAAAUACUGAUGAACAGAGAGAAUUGUCUGAUUACCUUCCUCAUACUGUCCCAGACUCCGACACCCAAUCUUACAGGAAAGAAAUAAGAACGUUGCCAGACAUGGGGAGCCUGCAGAGAGGUUUUGAAGAUCUAGGUCUUUUGGAGUCUUUUGUAUCUCAUCCAGAGCCCCAGCUGGAUGAGCUCUCUAAUGAUGUUUACAUUGAAAAUCCUGCUUUGAAACUGAACUCAACCUUUCAUCAAACUCAACAGCCUCCCCAGUACACUGGAGACUACAUCAAAUUUAACUGUACGGAUUAUGCAAUGAAUGGCGCCAGUGUUGGCACCAAUGCCCAGAAGAGGCCACAUGAAUACUCUGGUUUCCCUAAGCAAGUGUGGAAAGGUGAAAAUGGAAGUUUUACAUUUGGGAAAUCCAGUCCAACAAAUCCACUUAUUUAUUCCUCUGAUUCGAGAGAUGCAUGGAGUAAAGAAAAUUAUCUUAAAACAUGCAACGUGGAACCACCGAGUAUGAAACCUACAAUUCCUCAGUAUAAUCAACAGUUUCAUAAAGAGAGAAGAUUUCUGCCAUUUGCUCAAAGAAAACUAUACAAUACAGGGUCUGAAAACCAAUACACUAACUACCCAAACAUUCCAUUUGACUCGCAUGAAAACCAAGUUUGCCAAGGUCCCAACGAGUCCUUUAUGAAGUCUUCUGACUUUAGUUCAUCUACAAAUGCCAUCUAUCACAAUGAAAAUCUUCAGCCCUCCUGCUUUGGGAACCGGUUUCUAGACUUUGAGGCUGUAGGUACUCAGAAACAAGCAAUCAGUCCGCUUCCAUCUCCCGUUAGUUCAUUGUCAGAUGGAUCUCCAACACAUAACUCCCUGUCCCAACAGCCUUAUUACUCUCAUGCUGCGUCUUCGUCAAGUUCACUGAGUGAUGGACACACACACAGAAACUCUGCCACCAACAAAAUGACCUUUUCAGGGCUAAUUGAUGAAAAUCAGAGAGGUGUUAAAUCAUUUGGACAAUCUUCUCCUACUAAAGAGGGAAAUUAUGGAAAAAUGAGCUUUGGUUUCCAAGCCCCCAAGUCUCCUACGCCACAAAACUCUGAUAGAUAUCAACGAUUAUCCAAAAAGAACAACCCACAGAAUAACUCAAACACAGACAAGCGAUGCAAACGAAACUGGAGUGCUCAACAAGGAAAUGCCCGUUCUAAUCCACAACAGUUUAACAUGUUCCAGAAGAAGCAGGACGCAAACAUUGGCAAUGUGUCUGACUUCAUCAAUGCUUCUUUCCUCCCAUCUUUCUCCUUAAUGUCCAAUCUAAAGCAAAACCAACAUUUUCCUUCCUUCAACGCUCAACCAUUUGCUCCAUCAGCCAACAUGCCUUUUCCUCCUCCACCAUUUCCAUUUUCUGAUCUCAUUGACCUUCUUCAUUAUGAAGACUUGAAUCCCCUUAAUCCCUUCAUAAACGAGUUAUUGUCUGGUGAAAUUCCUCCGCCAUAUGUUGCGUUUCCUGCUCCAUUCAAUAGAUAUCGUCCACCAAGAAAUCGCAGUGGACCUGCCAGUGAGCUACAUAGUCAACUAGAAGAAUGCUGUGAACAAUUAAGAGUCCUUGAAAAGGAUAGGAAAAAGGUAAGAUCGUCUUUGUUUUUACGCUUGGACCCACAACCCAAAAUAUUUUUCUUUAGAUUUAACCCCUUAAGCCAAAUGUACAUGUUUUGAUCAAAAUAAAACAUAAACAAAACUUGGAAUUUGACUAUAUGCCUGUUCAACCGUAAUUAACCUCUUUAAUAUUAAGUGAACCCACACAUUAUAUAUCAUUUUAUUCAGGGCUUUAAUUUAACAUCAAAUAUUUAGCUAUGAAACAUAAUUUAAUAUGAAUAAAAUAUAAAAAGUGAGAAUUUAAGAAAUUUUUAUUCUUUUUAGUUCUGCAUGACAUUAUAACUGUGAAUGUCACAAUACUGUUAGCUGUUACUGCAAUAAAGUACACAUAUUUGUAUCCAGCAAUGUCAAACAUGUAAAACGGUACCCGCUAUGUACAGGUUUUAUGGUGUUUUGGGAAGUUACAGGGUCAAAUAUAGCAUGUUACAUUUUUCAGUUUCUUCACAUUGAAAUUUGCCAGAUUGGUUACGUUGCCUUUGAGACCGUAUGAUAGCCCAGGAAUGAGAAUUACCCCCAUGAUGGCAUACCAUUUGCAAUAGUAGACAACCCAAGGUAUUGCAAAUGGGGUAUGUCCAGUCUUUUUUAGUAGUCACUUGGUCACAAACACUGGCCAAAGUUAGCGUUAAUAUUUGUUUGUGUGUGAAAAAUGCAAAAAACUAAUUUGAAUGCUAAUUUUGGCCAGUGUUUGUGACACUGUAACUUUUGAAAACACCAUAAAACCUGUACAUGAGGGGUACUGUUAUACUCAGGAGACUUUGCUGAACACAAAUAUUUGUUUCAAAACAGUAAAACGUGUCACAAGAAUUAUAUUGUCAGUGUAAGUGCCGUUUGUGUGUGAAAAAUGCAAAAAACUAAACUUUCGCUGAUGAUAUCAUAGUUUGUAAUACAUUUUACUGUUUUAAAACACUAAUAUUUGUGUUCAGCGAAGUCUCCCGAGUAAAACAGUACCCGGCCAUGUACAGGUUUUAUGGUGUCUUGGAAAGUUACAGGGUUAAAUAUAGUGCUAGCAAAUAAAAUUCUCUGGACUUUUUGCCUGGUUUAUCAGGCAGGUCCCGCAAAUUGUAAUUAAUAAAAUGACCUAAUUAUGUAAAAUUAUUACCUAAAUAUAUGUAGAAUUUUUAUAUCCGAUUGUGUGUUUACAUAUAUGUAUAUAUUUAUAUAAUUUUUUUUUAAAUUGUAUGUGUGUGUAUGUAUAUAUGUAUAUGUGUGUAUAUAUAUGUGUGUAUGUAUGUAUGUAUGUAUAUAUAUAUAUAUAUAUUAUAUAGUGUGUGUGUGUGUGUAUGUAUGUAUGUGUGUGUGUGUAUAUAUAUACACACCUUGUUUGAAGUGCACUCACAGGACUCGAUACUGUUGCCAAAAAUGUGCCAUUUAUUUAAGCUUCAAAAGUUGAUUAAGAUUGAAUAAAUGGCACAUUUUUGGCAACAGUAUCGAGUCAUGUGAGUGCACUUCAAACAAGGUAUUUUAUAUUUUGAGGUUGGAGUGGCACCUAGGCAAUAAAGAAGACUGGGAGCCAUCCACGGCCGUCCUGGGCCAUGUGAUCGCGAGGUCCUUGCGAGGACCUCACGAUCACAUGGACUGAAUAGCCGUCCAUAGCAGUGCCAGCAGGGGGAGUGCCUGGAAUGACAGGUAGUCAGUGGGCUGCCUGUAGAAAAGUUUAAUAAAGUUUUAAAACCGCGUAAAAUAAAAUUAUACAUACUUCGAUUUAUAUAUAUAUAUAUAUAUAUAUAUAUAUAUAUAUAUCGAUUUUUUUUAUAUAUAUAUAUAUAUAUCGAAGUAUGUAUAAUUUUAUUUUACGCGGUUUUAAAAAUUAAAAUUAUACAUACUUCGAUUUAUAUAUAUAAAUCGAAGUAUGUAUAAUUUUAUUUUACGCGGUUUUAAAACUUUAUUAAACUUUUCUACAGGCAGCAGUGGGACUACCUGUCAUUCCAGGCACUCCCCCUGCUGGCACUGCUAUGGACGGCUAUUCAGUCCAUGUGAUCGUGAGGUCCUUGCAAGGACCUCGCGAUCACAUGGCCCAGGACGGCCGGAUCGACAGCAGGGAUCCGGCCCCCCUCUCCCCCCCUCCCCCCCAUCGCGAUCUCCAGGAUGCAGGUAAGUAGGAAGGACAUGCCGGGUCCCAAAGGACGGCAUAUCACACCCGCCGUCAUUAAGGGGUUUUAAAUUUUUUUUGAAAAAAAGGCUUUUAAUAAGUUGUUGGGAGGAUAAGGAUUUGGUUAAUACCUAAACGUGUGUUCUUACUGAAAGGUUUUAGUUUUGGGUCCAAUAUUUUUUUAUUUUUUUUUGGUGUCCUGCACCUUUUUAACCCCUUAAGGACCAAACUUCUGGAAUAAAAGGGAAUCCUGACAUGUCACACAUGUCAUGUGCCCUUAAGGGGUUAAAGAUUUGAUAAAAUGCUAGUUUGUCCUCUUCCUUCCUACUUUUAAUAGAUGUAGACAUUUAUCUUUUGCUUCUAAACAAACUAUUGGCAGGUACUGCUAUGGAGAAACUGAUUUUGGAAUGAAAUACAUUUGAUUUCAAGAAGAAAAAACACCUGAGCUUGACAAGAGAGAAACAUUUUGAUUAUGUUUUAUAAUUUGUCAGUUUGUUGGUGCUCUUAUAACCGAACUCUUUUACUUCCUGAAUUAAAAUAUAUAUAUUUUUUCAUUUUUAUUUUGGUUAUUGGCUAAUAUUGAUCAAUUUACCUUUUGUCGGUAUUUAGACUGAAGCAGAUCUUGCUAGACACUUUCCUGGUAACCGAGUAUCCAGCUCCUACAACUCCUCAGUCCCAAGGCUUCCUACAAAUCCAUCAAGGGUUGACCGUUUAAUUGUGGAUGAAUUACGGGAGCAGGCAAGGGUAAGUAGUGUGUAUUCUAGCGUCAAGUUAAUUUGUUCUGUUUUAAUACAUAGAUAUAUGCAUAAACAAUAACUAGUAAAAUCUAGUCAUAUUUGAACUUCCCACAUAUGUUGCAAAUCUUGCCUCCUGUGUUUUUAAAACGAUUUGACCAUUUGUAGUGGUUACUUAACUUUCUUAGCUCGGCUGACCUUGCCUCAUAAGCAAUGCUUUAUGGGCCCUGCAAUGGUUUCUGCUUUACACUGGGGACUCCGGAACUCCAGUUUCCAGUAAUCUAAGCCAUGUCCUCAUACACAGCAACAUGGGAAAUACUGCCGGUUUGGAGAGAAGGAUAAAACAGUAACUUUCAGAGCAAAAUGAAUUGGUUUUAAAACAAAGAAUAAGAUGCAUCCAGCAUACCUGGUACCAAACCUACACACUGCACUUAAUACCUGGAAUAUGUAGAUCAUUGUUUUCUUCUUAAAUAUGGGUCACAAUUAUUUCAGAAUUUUUCAUCUGUUUGGUCUGCCUCACAGGCUUUUUCAUUGUUCUUCUUUGCCCUUUUUUUUUUUUUCUUCAAGCGAUCCUUUUUGUGCAAAUUAUAUUGUAUGCUAUACUGGCUAGUUGUUGUAGUACGGUUAUAUAUGUUGUAUGCAAAUCCUGUAGGCGGUCUUGCUAAUAGUCUUUCAUUUUCAGGCUGUGUCGCUGGUUAAAAUAAUGGAAAGGAUCUGUAGCUGUUCUCUUCACGUUAAUAUAACCCUGGCUCUGGAACACCAUUUAGAAGCAAUUCUCUUGACUCAGGCACGGCGCAAGGAUGAGAUUGUGAAUGUUGCUAAUCGCCAAAAACAAGGGUCGCCCAGAUUUAAUAACGAGAGAGGUGAGUAUUAAAGGAACACAUUUCAGACCCUUAAUGCACUUGUUUAAAAACUUUAUUUAAGUAUCUUAUUUUAUUUGUAUAUUUUACAUUUUUAUAAAUUAACCUGCUUGCUCUAAACCCUCUGGCUUUCAAGCAGCCAACCAGUCCUGUUACUUCCUGGUUUGGUUAGCUUAAUUGCACUGAACUCAAGAGGCAGCAAUUGCCCAGAGCACCUGCAUUGCAAAGACUUCUCAUUGGGAAGUCUGUGAUUGUACAACCACAGAAAGUCUGGGUGGGGUUAGAAGGGGAGGGGUGGGGUGGCAAAUGCUGCAAAGUAGAGAUCUGCAGCUUUUGCAAGCUGUUUUAGAUCUACCUCCAGUGAAACAGGGCAUAAUUAAAUGCAUGCACAUUUUCAUUUGGGUAUAUCUACUAAACAGUGAUUUCUAUUUUGUAUUUGGCCAGUGGAGUGUCCCUUUAACUCUUUCAGUGCAGAGUAAAGUCUCCUGAAUUCGAAAAAGGCCUACCAUAACAAAGCUCUUAUAGUAUAUUACUCGCUGAAAAGGGUAAGCCGUAGUUCAGAAGAAGCACAAAAUUGUACCUUGGGCAUGCUAAAUUGCUAUUGAAAAUAUUUUAUUAUUUAAAACAAAUAUGGUGACAGCAAGUUGUCCUCUUAACGCUGUUAGGGCAUACUGUGCAGCCCCGCAUUUAGUGUGCCUAAACGCCAUUAUGGCGGCAUAGUACGCCCUAACAAUUGUUAGCACCCCAGCCACAAUUGACUUAUUUGGACUGGCGAUCCGCGGCAAUUUUGGUGCGUGGGGACUGCCUCACAAGCCAGGCAGUCCUGCUUCCUUUUCGGCCGUACAGGGCCAUGUGAUCGUGACGAAUGUCGCACAUCACAUGGCCGCAAAGCAGUCUAUGAGACUGCCUGCAGGGCAACUCCAAGACUGGACCCUGUAACCUUGACCUGUUUAUAAAUAUUUUGAUAUGAAAUGAAAGACCUGUUUCUUCUGAGCAAAAUUAUAUAUAAUAUGUGUAGGUGUACUUAAUAUGAAAGAGUUGUAUUAUGAUUGAACAGACAUGUAGUGCAAAUUCCAGGUUUUGUUUACAUUUUGAUUUGAUCACAACUUGUACAACUGACUCUGUCCUUAUGGAGUUAAUAAAUGUUCCAGGGAGUUGUUUACAUUAUGUGAAUACCGCAGAAAGUACCAUUUGCAAUCACCUUUCACUUGUUUUAAUAAAAUUUCUGAUUUAGAAGCUUUUAUGCUGCUUGCUGCUUAGCUGAUCAUGUGAUGAGUCUGCACACUUGUGUCUUUAAAAAGUAAUGCAUAGUUUACUUAAAGGACCACUAUAGUGCCAGGAAAACAUACUUGUUUUCCUGGCACUAUAGUGCUCUGAGGGUGUCCCCACCCUCAGGGUUCCACUCCUGUGGCGCUGAGGGGGGAGGAAGGGGUUAAUCCCUUACCUUUUUUCCAGCGCUGGGCUCCUUCGGUGCUGAGAGUCUCCUCCCUCUUCUUCUGUCAUCGGCUGACUGCGCAUGCGCGGCAAGAGCCGUGCGCAUUCAGCCAGACUCAUAGGAAAUCAUUUUCAAUGCUUUCCUAUGGACGCUGGCGUCUUCUCACUGUGAAAAUUACAGUGAGAAGCGCCUCUAGCGGCUGUCAAUGAGACAGUCACUAGAGGCUGGCUUAACCCAUAGGUAAACAUAGCAGUUUCUCUGAAUCUGCUAUGUUUACAGCAAAAAGGGUUAAACCUAGCUGGACCUGGCACCCAGACCACUUCAUUAAGCUGAAGUGGUCUGGGUGCCUAUAGUGGUCCUUUAACAAAAGGUCUAAUCUGUGCCUAUAGAAUGUUUUCUCAAUCGUUACAAAUCUCAGAUUUACAAAAAAAAAACAGUGUGUAAUAUUAGGGAUAAAAAGUGGAGAGGGAUUGUAAUUUAGAAACUUGUCUAUUAUUUUACAGUGUUUGUAGUGAAAUAAAAAAAAAUAAAAAAAAUGAGUUUGAAACUCUUCCUAAAACUACCACUAAUAUAUGCCCCAAAAGAAAUUAAAAAAACUACCGUACUUAUACCAACAAACACAGCUUGAAAAAUAACAUGUGCUAACCGUGUUUGACAUUAGCACUUUAGAUUGUCUCAAAUGGUGGUUCUUUAUUGGCAGAGACCCAGAUUGAAUGCAUGUUCUCUUAUGGACCCAUUCUUCAGGUGAUAAAUUGUCCAAAGGAACCAUUCUUGAAGUUCCUGUUACAAGCAAUGGUCAUCUACUAAAAUGCUCUGGAGACCCAUUUUUAGGUUCCAACACCGUUGUUAAAGGGACACUUUAAACACCAAAACCACUUCAUCUUAAUGAAGUUGAUUUGGUGUAUAUAUCCUGCUCCUCCAUUCACACUGCUGAAUUCUCUGCCAUUCAGACAUUAAAUCACUUUAAAUCUCCUAUUGUCUAUUUUGUAAACCAUUUGUUAUUGCAAAGUAUAAGCUGCUUGCAAAAGUAAAGUUAAAGGAACACUAUAGGGGUCAGGAACACAAACAUGUAUUACUGACCUUAUAGUGUUAAAAUCACAAUCUAGCUCCCUGUGUACCCCUAAUCUAGUGAAAUAUUACCUUUAUUCCAGUCUACUGGUUCUGGCUAUGCCACUGACUGCCACAUUAGCUGACAUCAUCAGCCAAUCACAAUGCUUUCCUAUGCCAGCCUGGCCAAUCCACAUCUAAUCAAUGAAUCUCUAGGGAAAGGUCAGUGUCUCCAUAAUGAGGGUGGAGACACUAUGCAGCACUGCCCCACGAAGCAGCUCUAGUAACCAUCUGAGGAGUGGUCAGUGGAGGUGUCCCUAGGCUGUAAUGUAAACACUGCGUUUUCUCUGAAAAGACAGUGUUUACAGCAAAAAGCCUGAAGGUAAUGAUUCUACUCUCCAGAACAAAUUCAAUAAGCUGUAGUUGUUCUGGUGACUAAAGUGUCCCUUUAAAUGAGAAAAAUGUUUUUAAUUACGCACAAUUGUGUUUGAUUUCAGUUUUUUAAUAAUACAGCUAACUACAGUUGUGUUCGUGUUUAUAUUCUGUAUUUUUGUUUUUGUUUUAGAUGUCCUAGCUUUGGCAGCUGCAAUAAAGGAAAUGGUAGCUUCUACUCGAAAGGCAAGAACUGCAUUAUGGUGUGCUCUGCAGAUGACCUUGGCGAAAUCUCCCUCUGGCUCUGCAGUAGCACCAGAAGACCUGGAGAGAGUGCUGCAGGAGCUGUGUCCCAGACAGUCCUCCAGUAGUACUGAUGUUGAAGAUGGCAAAAAAGGGUGUGAGGAAAAGCAUUUAUAGACCAUUAAGUAGUAGGCAGUUUGGGUGACAUUACCUGCUAAUCAUAGAAGGGGUUCAGAAUGUAAUUCAUUGCCAUGGUUACAGGAAUAUGGCUGCAGAACCCUUCAAUGUUACUUUGGGGGAAAAAUGGCUGAACUGCAACUUCGUAGUAAAUAUUUAUAAUAUUUUGUAUCUGCAUCAACUACAGCAUUUCUAUUUUUUAUUAAUUUAGAGAGUGCAUUACAUUAAGUAGAGAAUGUUUUCCUGCUUUAUAACUUGUACUAAAAAGUGUUAAUUCUAGAGAAUGUAACCACACUGCUCCAUCUCUACCAUUAAGAUAAUGUUGCUUUAACAUAUUUUCAAAACUUGUUUUUUUGUGCCAAAGAUGGUGAAUAGUGAACAUGACCAUAGAUGACGAAUAUGUGUAAAAUCACUACUUAUCUAUUUACUUCUUCUUUUUUUAUAAAUAUAUAUAUUCGAUUUAGGUUGUGUUUUUCCAACAUUCCAGUGUACUGAACUGCUGUGUUCCUAGUGGCCAGAACCAGUUCUGUACAAUACUUUAUUCUCUGCUUUCCUCUCUGCUACCCCAAAAAAUUAUUAUAUUUUUGAUGAUGGAAAGGUUAUUGAUAUAACUAGAUACGAGAAACGCCUAGUCAAGCCCACUCCAUUUUUAUUUUAAUUUUACUUCUACAUGACAAAGUGUGGUUUUGUUUCCAUUCUCAUGUGAGGCCUGCGGUUCUACUAUACUCUGUUUACUGUGUUUUCUCACUCACCAUUUUGGCAGUCUUCUCUUGCACCGUGCUUUUUGCAUUUUAAGUUUUGAACAGUUUUCACAAAUUCUUAAAUCCCAGACUUGAUUCGCGUGUGCUUGAAUCCUGUACCUGUGAUUUAUACACAUUUUAAUACAUGUUACUGCAAAGUUUAUAAUCUCACUCAGGAGUUUGGUGUCGGUAAUAAUUGGUUAAAAUAAUUAUUAUUUAAUCUAGUUUGCACUUACAAACAUUUUUUUUUUCUUUUGAACCAAGUUUAAUUUAAGCCGUAAUGCUUUCUGUAUUUAUUUCUUUGUGCAUUAUUUUUUUCUUUUGUUCUAAAUACUGUAUUGUAUUUUAUUUUAGUCAUAAGUGUUAAUAUUUCCUCAGGAAACUGGUAAAAGUCAACAAAUUGUAUAGGUACAAAGUAUAGAUUUAGGCAGGCUGUGUGCUUGUAUAUAUUUAUACAGAAUAUUUCAUAAAAUGUGGACCCGGUUACCAAAGCGUUGAAUAUUUUUAAUUUUUUUUUCUCGUCCCACUGAGAAAGUGUUUUUUUGUUUUAUUUAAAUUUUUUUAAUUCCCAGAUUACCACAAUUUAUAAAGAAUUGGGCUGCACUUUGCUCAUUCAACACAGACCUUUUUCCUUUUCCAUAUUCCUGUGGCUUAGACAAUCAUGUCUGGUGGUAUUAAUGCUUUUUUUUUGUUUUUGUUUUUUCUCCUUCCUUUCUUCAUCAAUGUGAAGAUGGGAUUUUUGUUUAUUUCCAUUGUGCAGUUUGUUGCAUGUACCUUUUUUUUUAACUUUAUAACUUUUGUUAUUUGUAGUGAAUUAAAGUAUUUUUGCUGACUAUUACAGUUUUUGCUGCUAGUGCGGUUUAUUUAGAGAAUUGAUUUAUAUUUUUAAAUACUAAACUGUUAACCCAGUGUGGUGUGUCUAUAUCUCUGUGUAUUGUUAAAUAAAAUGUUAUUGUAGUCAUUAGUUACUAAAUAUUUCAGAAGUGGUUUACUAAUUUUUGGUGUCUUUUGAGGGGUUGCUCACCUGUGACUGUAUGAGCAUCCUAGGAUAUAUAGAAAAGUAUUUUUAAUUUGGAGGUUUUUUUUGUUUUUUAAGAAUUGGUCCAUGCACGUGAGAUCUGACAUGAAGGUUUGAUUCUAAGCAAAGGAAACUAAAACUUUAAAGGAAUUUUCUAGGCACCAUAAGCACUGCACUGUAGAGACUGGUGCCAGGAGUGUCAUGGGGCCCCCAAUGUCAGUUGUCAAACAGUUUAGUAACGGUUUGACUUAUAAUCUGUGGUUUGAUGGUGUUGCUCUCUGCCGGAACCCCAAGCUGAGUGCGACCACCUAGCACUCUCAGCCACUGAGCUUGCCGUGCACUGCAGGCCAUAGCUUGGGAAACCGAAUAGCAGCAUCUAGCAAAUAGGAAGUGUUAAUUGGCCUCUGUUGGACUCCAGGUAAGUAGUCAAAGCGUUGUUAAACUUUUUGACUGCUUACAAUGGUGGUGGGGGGAGGUCACUCUUGGCUUUAGAAUCACUAUAGCUUGCUGUAGUGAUUAUGGUGCUUAAAGUAUUCCUUCCAAGAUCUGUUAAAUCACUCCCAAUUCAUUUGGGCAAUAACAUUGUAGAUGUCAGGAUGUCCUCAGCAACUAGCAGCACGUUAUAGACAUUUCCUGGCUAAAUUAUGUGUGUUUUGGGCUUUGGUGAUCUGAAAAGAACUAGGAUCAUAUGUAACCGUAGAUUCCAUUUUAAAAUAAAAGAUCCUGUGACGUGUAUGUGUUGUGUUUUUUACAUAUUAAUCACUAAAGAGUAUGAAAAAGACUAGUGCAAAGCAGUGGAUGCUGUCCUGUUAAUGGAUGCUUCACAUGUUAUCCAGUAAUUAUUGCUUUCAAUGGAUUUAAAUUGUCAGACCUUCUGAAAAGACUGUAGGAAGUCACUGUUCAUUAUUCCGAUGGAAAAUCUCGUUUUGUCAGAGAAAUGAGGGCUUUGUACAUUUUGACUUUUCGACUCUGCAGGAUGAGAAAGAAAGGGCAGCCUUUUUAACAGAACACAAUCCGGUGUCUUUCAGUGUUUGGGUGGAUGUGUUUUUGGUUAAUUAUGUUACAUAUUUGUUUAAAAGCUUAUUUGAAAGAUGUUUUGAAUCACAUUUUGAGUUUGACCUACAGUUAACAGAUUACACAGGUUUGUUUUAGUAUGUAUACAUUCCUGAUAAUUUAGAACUUUUGUUUUUUGUUUCUUUCUGCUGUGAAAUAUAUAACCUUAUUGAAUACUGUAGUAUUGACCAGGUCCCUAACCAGUUCAUAAUGUACCUUAAAGUGUAGUUUCUUGUGUAUACAGGAUGGUUAAAGAUAUAUAUUUAUAUAGAAUGCAUACACCGAAUGCUUAGUCUUGCUCUUUACUGAACAGUCCAGCAAUGCAUUUUGUGUGGGCGCCCAAGAUAUGUUUGUGGGCUCUUUUUGUGAUGUACAUAGUAAGAAUUGAGAUAGAAUUGCAUGUAAACUUCAUCAGAUGAGCUGGCCUUAGUCCAAGGGAGACUAAAGUCAAUAGUUUGCCUUGUAGUUUUGUCUGUAGCAGAUGUUAUAUUCACUAUGGGCUUCAUAUGCAAUACAUGGCAGUGCCUCAUAUAUGUGAUGGAGUGGUGGUCUCAAUUUUGCCCAUGAUCAUGACUUCAUCUGCUCUGUGGCUUAACAUGGACAUGGUAUUUUGCAGUCUUGCCACACAUUAACUUGGAUUGGCCGACCUCAUAGAUUGUCUUGUAAUUUUCAUACUUGCCACUAUAGUCGCUUUGUUUUUUGGUUUUUUUUCUUUUAUGUAAAGUGUGCUUAUGGCCAAAGAUCAGAAAUGUUCACUGGAAGACUGCAUUGAAAGUUUAUUACUGAAAGGCUGACAUCCAUGAAAUUCGUCAGCGACGAGAGGGAGCUGUCUAUCAAACUAUACAAGCUAUAUUUCAUUCCAAAUCUUGUUGGUAUAUGUUAUAUUGUAAGGUUACAAGGUGUAGUAAAUCAGACGUUCAUGAAAUGCAUUGUGAGCAGCUCGAUGUGCUAUCUGCAUGGCUAUUCACUGCAAGUGGAAAUAUUAAUAGUGCAGGUUUCAUGUGCACCUUUCUAAUAUGAAAUAGUUUAUAUCCUGCCGAAUAGACUAGAUAAUGUAGGUCUUUUGCAGUAACUGUUCCCCCCAUAUGUACGAAUGUCUAUUUAUAGGUCAAAAAUGCUCCAAACGUCAUUAGAUCUCUUAAUUAAAUUAUGUGCUAAUCUACAAUUAUUUUUUCCCUUCAUAAUCUUUAUCAUAUUUAAAGGGAUAUUCCAGGCACCAUUGUCCGAUUAGUGACGUGAAUAUUUAGUCUAUCCGCUCUGUUCCUCCCUAUAAAUCUACAGUGGUUUCUUGUUUGCUGUGAUUGUGUGUGUUUAUGUGCAUUUUGUCAUCACCGCUGUGCACAUACACCGCCAUGAUUUGUUUUAAUUCAUGAAAACUUACUUUGCGCAAAUGGUGUAAUUUUGUGGGAUUUCCUAAAUGAAGCUAAAUACUGACUAGCUCUGUCCCAGUCUGUACAACAUUCAGCAGGAAGCAGAGGGGCUUCUGUUUAUGGGAAAUGGGCAAAGUUUACAGUGAAAGUGAGAGCACCAGGAUUGGCUGAGAGGUUUAAAGGGAGUUUCACAGCCUAGAGUAUCCCUUUAAGUUAAAUACUAAGUGAUCAGAAUUUAGUAUACAAUCUGGUUAAAUUGCAACACUGAAUGCAAGUUUUGAUUAUUAUUAUUGUUAUUAUUAUUAAUUUUUUUUUUUCUAUUUUAGAAGAAUAAAUAUGAAAAAUAUAAUUCAAAAUUAUAUGUAUUUGUAUAUCUUUUGUGUCUAAUGAGACUUGUGUAAGGUAUUUUUUGUGCCCAACAAUCACUGCUCUGUUUACUAUGUACUUUGUAUCUGGCGCUGAGCCAACACUUUGUUAUUGUACGGAGUUCAUAAUGGCAUUUAAAAAAAAAAAAAGUGUUUCCAAAAAGUACAAUCACUGUGAUUUUAUUAUGCUAAAGUAUGAGAUGGGUCAUUACAUGAUGUAUUAACACAGCCUAGCAUAAAUGAUGACUCCUCCUCUGUUUUGUACCCCGUUACUUUUAUUUUUGUCUCAUUGAAAUUGGGCAGCAACUUAUUCUUAUUGCUGGUUUCCAGUAUUGAUUUAAUUUUUCAAUAAAAUGCGGAACAUUUUUUUAAUUCAGGUAUUUGAUGGGUGUGGAACAUCUCCCUGUACCCCCAUUUUAGAGCAUAACCUGUUUGCAGGGUUGGUGUCUCUUGGGGAGUGGCUCAGCCCUCAUGGUAUUGAUAGAUUUGUAGCAAGCCCUGCGUUUUGAUAGCUGGAGUUGUCGGACCGGGCACUGGCUUUUCAGGUGCUAUUUGUGUUUGUCACGGGGACAACUAUUACGGAGGAGUCAUCACAGGCUGACCUGUUUAUAUAAAAGUUUAAAUUGUGCUUUAAUGACUAAUGUUUUUAUUGCUAACCAAAUGAAACAUUAACUUUUGUGUAUGACAUUAUAAUCAUUUAGUUAUUGAUCUGA